AUGGUCCUAAACAAACAUCAGAUUGAAGCGGCGCUUGUGACGGAAGCCCAGGCGAUUUCCUCCGGGAAACUGAAAGAGGACAAUCCCCUUGAUCUCAGCGACAAUUUUCGCGUUUUCUGUGAAGCUUGUCGGAGGGGCGACUUGAAGGUGUGUCAGGAGCUUAUUUCCGCAGGCGUCAAUAUAAAUGCAAGGGACAAAUUCGACUAUACUCCGCUGAUUUUGGCCAGCCUUUGCGGACACUACGAAGUCAUCCGUCUAUUACUGGAACACGGUGCCCUAUGCGAACGGGAUACCUUUCAGGGUGAACGAUGCCUAUAUAACGCUCUCAAUGACCGAAUACGUAAUUUACUCCUCUCCUACGACUAUGCAAAGUCAACGAACCCUCUGCAGCCCCUCGCCGCGCACCUAACAUCGCUCCUCUCUCGGCCGAGUCCUAAGACCUCCGACAUUACUCUUGUAACGUACGAUCAGAGCUUCCAUCUCCACAAGUUUGUAUUGGCGGCGAGAUCGCCGUACUUUGCGAAGAAGCUGGCAGCGGCGCCGGACACAACGUCAUGGAAACUGUCGCAAUUGGUUCCUGCUGAGUCCUUGGGUGUUGCAUUACAAUACUUAUACCUCUCUGAAGUGUCGCUGAGAUCUGCCACCUUCGGCCUGAGUGACGAGGAUGAGCGGAUUGUGCUUGAAGGGCUCGAUAAAAUCAGUCGUCAAUUAGAGAUUGAACGGCUAUUUGAAAGCGUCAUGGAAGUUUCGGACCGACGCAUGCUACGGCAGCGGCGAGCAGAGGAGCUAGAUCGAGGUCGAAAUCAGUUGGAGGCUUGGUUCAAAGGAAAUAUCGUCAAGAACCGGAUCGUAGUAGACACAGACAAGGUGGGCAACGUACAAUGGGACCGCGAGAACUCAAUCUUCGCCGACAUUCUAUUGCGAGCCGAUGAGGAUGACCCGUACGAACCGUUUUCCGCCGAUGUCUCGCCCGGUCCCUCCGAGUCUUCUACGCCGCCUCAGACUCAUAUUCGAAAUGCCUUAGGCCCUCUCAAUGGUAUUCCCGUCGGCCCUAUAAAAUCGCGUUCACCAUCGCGUCGCCGCCGCUCUCGAAAGUCGAUUCUAUACCCAGCCCAUCGUGCGAUGCUUCUCCGGUCCGAAUAUUUCCUCGCCAUGUUCAGCUCGUCGUUUCGUGAGGCGCAAGAAACACAAACCCUUCAAAUAGUUAAACUUGAUUGCUCCCCAGCAGUUCUGGAGACAGUUCUAACAUUUCUGUACACGGAGCGAGCAGACUUUGGCCUUGAUAUCGCAAUCGACGUUUUAUUUACCGCAGACCAACUCUUCAUUGAGAAGCUGAAGCACCGCGCGGCCAUCAUCAUCUCUGCUCUUGGAAAUGGCUCUACUUCUACUGUCGAAUCAGACAAUCCACGUGGAGAGACAGAUGCCGAGGAGGCCGUUGAUAUCUACGAGGUCAUUCGCGCUGGAUGGGACACACGAGUGCAGAGACUCGAGGAGUUUGGAGCACGAUACAUCGCAUACCGGCUGGAGAACUACAUUGACGAACCAGAAUUUGCGGGCUUAGUGCAGGAGUCGGCAAAGAGGGUCAAAGGCAGACAAGAAACGGAUACAGUCGAGCUGGUGGACGACAUCCGAUACUAUCUAAGUGAGCGGUUUAGGCUCCGCUUUGAAGACAGCGGGCUAGAUGAAAUGAUGGAUGAAGCCACACAGGGGACAGGUGGAGUCGUUGUGAGCCCUAUGGAGGAGCUAGAGAUUCGCGAUAAGGGUCCUGAGAAGCAGAAGGACGGUUUUGCCUUCGAUAUCGAAACCCAGCUCGCAGCAGGCGCCAUACGAACGCUGAACGGCGAGAUUGCGGGCGACGAAUUCAUGCAGGAUGCAAUCAACUACCAGACCCUUCUUGGGAAAAUUGACCACCUCCUGGAAACCCUUAGUUUGGAUGCUUGA